AUAAAUUAUAAAACUAUUAUUUCAUUACAAGCUAAUGUUUAUAUCGAUAGUUGGUAACAAUAAUUAUUUAGCGAUCGGUAAUACUUCAUGCUCUUGUACAUCUCCAUAAGAUGCCGCUAAGAUUUCAGUUUUCGUUUGGUAUUGCCAUGGAGAUUGUUACCAUAGCAACUAAUUACAUUGAAACAAAACACUAACGGGAAGUCUAUGUCAUAUGACAUUUCAUGCUUAUAUAUGACUCUAUAAUAAUAAAACGUAACUUAAAAAUACUCUACUGUGUUAAAUAUCAAACAAUUUAAAAUUCCAUGUUGUGUAAAUAAAUUUUUGUGUAAAUCAUUUGUAAUUGUAAAAUGUCUUCCUCUCACAUCGACUUUGUAACUGGCUCGACACAGCAGUCGCAAGAUAACGCCGAAUUAGAUCUCAGCCUCUGCUAUGCAUAUCCGGUGAUCAAUAACGAUGAAGAAACCGGUAGCGUGCUUACGAAAAGUAAAGAAACAUCACGAACGCGGAAUGAUAAAAAUUCAUGGGCCGAGGAUGGCUUGUACAUUUCCGAAAAUCCCUUCACCAACAGGAUAAUAAAGCCAUACCAACUGGAUAAUGUUAAACCGUUAGAUUAUGAAUCAGGAGCACAAUUUCGUGGAAAACUCAUGGAGAUCGCAAUACGCGAAGUUCGCCUUCACGCCCCUCGCGAGAAUCAGUCCGAAUCGACGAUCGAGGUUGCGUCGGUCUCCGUAUUGUUUAAACGAAAAGUGAUAUGCAAAAUGAACAGCCCGUUCAAUAGGGAGCUGUACAAAUUGCUGAUCAGAAAUUGGGAAUGCCACAAUCUCUCGAUACAAGUGCACACGCGCCGUGGAGAAUCAAGCACACUCCCACUGCCGCUACCCCAACGCGACGUAAAGGAUCAUAAAAUUGAAAUUGACUUCGCAGUUGACGGGAAACCGAAUGGGACGCACGCCGGCACUGUCACAUGUACCGUGUCCCUUUCGACAUAUGGCUCCUGCCAGCAAGAAGAAAGCAAAACAUAUCUCUGCAAACCGAGCAAUGAUCCGAACGAUCCGCAGAACGGCCUCUACCUGCCCAAGCUACGGAAACAUUCUAGUCGGAAGAAAGACAUUAAGUAUUUUCUACUGGCGGACCCAGCUUUGGUUUUUGACGCCGAGAUGCCUACGACGCGUAGAAAGUUCACAGAAGAUUGCAAAACUCCGGACAUUGUCGUGACCGAGCAGCCUGCGUUCUCUUUGUUGGAUGUGUCCCUGAAAAAUUUCUUCCAAGCCAGCCGCCCGCUUCGACCAUCAUCCAAUACCCGUAGACACCGAGUCGUAGGAAGAACGAUUCUUUCCGUCACGCUUCUGAGAGGGGUGGAAGUCCCGGUGAGGGAAGAAUCGGCACUAGUCUCACCACUUCUGGAAGUAGAAUGGGGCAAUGUUGUUCAUGCUACUUCUGUAGCUGAUGGGCCCGCGCCAGUGUGGCAACAGACAAUGCACUUCGAAUUGCCCAAGCAAAGCGGCGAACAUUAUGUUAAGUUCCGUUUGUACGAUCAGCAUCCUGUUUGGGGUCAACAGUGGCUGGGCGAAGCAAGGAUCCCACUCGAACGUCAUAGAAAUUAUCAGGAACUCGAGCGAUGGGUAGCUUUAUCCCCUCUGCUGAGUCCGGUGCUGUCGUUCGGCUACGUGCAAGCUAGUCCUGGACAAUCGCACACUAGAAUCUAUGUGUUAAUGAAACUGGAGCAACCUGGAAACACUAAUUCCGUAGAGGCUAAUGCUAUUGAUACCUUGUUGAAAGGGAUCCAACGUUGCAUGACAACUCCUUAUAAAGUAAUUGAUGUUGAGACGAUUGACGAUGCGGCACGGCUUGUUAUGCUUUUACCAUCAUUACCUAUGCAUUACGGUCCGGUUGCUCCACGCCAAGCGUUAAACGUGAAUAAGGUGGAUCAUUAUGGCAGAGCAGCCCUGCUAGCUACGCUGCUACAGGGUUUUGGCCUGCAAUCGUACGUUUUGUUGGGCUCCUCGCAGAUAAGCAAAUGGACUGCAUUUGUGUUAACUAUUGAAGAUAAUGACGUUGUCUUAUGGAAUCCUGAGAUCGCCGAUCAUUAUAAAUUAAGUGACAGUCGCUGUUCAUUGAUGAAAGUAUCCCGUUUAAUCAAUCAUUCUGGGAUGUGGGAGAAUAUGCAAAAGUCCAUUUUACCUCACAAUUUAAAAUAUAACGUAGCGAUUGGCAAAGACUGGCGGCCGCUUGCACCUGUAAAUGCAUCAAGCAGCAAUAGGCCCGUUCAAACAUUGGAAUUGACUAUCACAGCCGAGGAAGAUGCGCAAGAGAAAGAAAAAGCGGCACAAAUGGAGCAAUUUUUACGAGACAAAUUGUCGGGUUGGCGUAGUGCUCUUGGUUUAACAACAAUAUUUAAUCGUCAUGCAGUCAGCGUUCUGCGAGGUUUUGUUUCCAAUAUCCCAAACGACGUGAGACCUCAACUGGACAAACGAGACUUGAAACAGUUGUACAGGGCUUAUCAUACGCACGGUUUCCUCCUGAAUUUACGUCAGACUACUCUUGACGAAUUGGCGGAACAAAUAGCCGCCACGAAGGUUCAUAAUAUUACGGGUCCCAUCGAAUUCGCUCUCGUUUGCCACAUACAGCGAUAUAUCGGUAAAGUGAGCUCGAUAUGGUUGGCUCUAGCGAUCUUACGGAGCCGUAGUUAAUCGUUAAUUUAUGAAACAUUGCCACUUUCGAAUGUAAAUCAAGAUAUGUCUGGCGUAUCUUGAUUAAUUGUAUUGAUCAUGAGUUUUAUAAGAUAAAAGAAGUAAUAAUCUUAACGAGGAAUGGUUUAAUAACCAUAACGAGGAAUGGUUUUAUAGCGAUAACAUAUUGUUUUUUUGUGAACUGCAUCGUCUUUCUUGCAGUGUCUUUACAUUCUUUCCUCUCUGUGAAAUCUUUUGUUAACUCAUUAUUUGUUUAUAACAAUUAUAAUUGUUUAUCAACGGCUUGUGUUAAAAAAGAAAAGAAUAGCAAUAUUACUGAAUAAUGUACACGCGGGAGCGUGCGCGCAUGUAAUAUGUAUGAAAUUAGAAUUAGAACUCGUUCUUCCUGUAUGUACGCGUGAGUGCGUAUGUAGAGAUAUGUACACGUAUAAAUUAUAUUAUUUUAAAUUAUAAUCACCUUACCGUUAAUAAGUGUGCUAGUAGUGAAAGUAGUCGUAAUUCAUGCUUCUUAUCCGACGCUAAUCGUUGUCCUCUUUUCAUUCGAGUUUUCUUAUUUCCUAUUAUCUCUUUAAACAUUGUAAUGAGUUUUAUCAAAAAUUUCUUUUCGAAGAAAUUAAAAGCUUUUUUCUUUAUGGACAUUUUAGUAUAAUAGAAUAUUAAUUUUAUACAAGUACUACACUUUUCAGUUGAACAUAGAUUCGGUGAAUUGCUAAUUAAAAUGUGUUUAUAUGCAAACUCCAUAAACAUAUAGGAAAAUAAAAUGCAUAAAUUAUACAUUAUACAUUAUUAUAUCGCUGUUCGAGUUAUUAUAAAAAAUAAAUAUAUAUAUAAAAUUUAUUAAUUGUAUAAAUAAAUGCUGGAUUUUAAUGAAUGAGGAGAAAACGAUCGAUAGAAUUAAACAUGUAUUUCAUUCACUCAUAUUGAAAACUGUCCAAUAGUUUCUCGAUGUUUUAUCUUCUCAUACAGUUGCAUAUCAGUAAUAUAUGUCAUGAAGUAUUAUGAUGUUUCGUAUUAUAUAUAAUUGUGUCCUACUUGUCUCAUACGUUUAAUGCAACUUCCCUAAUCUGUGCUUGAUAUUUAUCGCUUUUAAACUAACGGCAGUUUUAUAAUUGUUUAAAGUACAUGUGAUAAUAAAUAACAAU